AUGGCCGAAAAAGACAUCGGUUUGGACAAGUUUAAUGGCACAAGCGCUAAAGAAUGGACACUGUGGCUGGAAGAUUAUCGUAUUUUUGGAGGACUGAAAAAGUGGAGUGAGGAAAAGCUUGUCACAAAUUUGAGAUUCUUUGUGUGUGGUGAUGUGAAAGACUGUAUCCGCCAAAAGUGCAGUGAAAAUGUGCCCAAGGAACUGGAUGAGAUCGAAAAAGAAGUGGCUCGUUUUCUUGGAGGUUCUUUGGACCCAAUCAGUGCCGUACACGAGCUUGACCAAAUCAUUUAUGAUGGGAGCGUGGAGAGAACGAUGCUGAAAAUCGGGGAGCUCAUCCCCCUGGCUUACCCAACUCUGUCAACACAAAAUGAUAAACAACAGAUGGUGCUCCUGCACCUCCACAAAAUCCUCCCUGCAAAUUAUACCAGGGAAUUGAUUAAAGCUGGAACACAGAAGCUGGAAGAGGCGGUGACUGUCAUUGGAGGGCUGGAGAGAGCUGACCGCUCUGUAGUACGACCGGCAGCCAUAAACCAGGUGAAAGUUGGAGGGGAAACUUCAGAGCCAGUGAAGCAGUGCUACGUGUGUGGCAUAACCAACCAUGUCAAGGCCGAGUGCCCAUUCAAAAGCGACAUCUGUGGACAUUGUGAGAAGAGGGGGCAUCUCAGCACCAUGUGCCGGAAUAAGACCAUGACUCGGGGAAACGGAAGAGGGCCUGCUCCCAGAGGAGGUCGGCAGGCCAAAUUCAGCAGCUCUCGUCCAACCGGCCCCCCACAGGGCCAACCAGGUGUGAUGAUGCCUCCAGUGCCGACCUACCAGACCCACCAGGGACUGGGGGCGCCGAUGUACGUCGGCCCACCUGUGCAGUACCAACAGCAGUGGAGGUGGCUGCCUCCAGUGCCGACCUACCAGACCCACCAGGGACUGGGGGCGCCGAUGAAGUACGGAAGUUGUCAGCGCACUGGACAGGCCCGUAUCGGGUGGUUGAAAAGCUCCGCAACUGGACUUACCGUAUCACCAAAGAGGGCGGAUCAGCGGAGGUCACCGUCCACCACAACAGGUUGAAACCCUGUCACUCGGAUCCGGAGAAGCCUCGGGCAGCCGCCCCCGCUCCUCCCAGGGCCCCAGUAGGUGGACCACUGACGGCUGCUCCCGUCCCUCCCAGGCUCAUGGUGGGCGAACGAGCCGCGGUGGAUCAGCCGCGUAGCCCUCCAGGCGUGGACGGAGACAGCUCUCGUCUCACACAGAGUGCCGUCGGCUCGCCGCUGGUGAGGUUACCAGCCGAGUCAGGAGAAGGCGGUACCGAGACAAGAGAAAGUCCCGCUCGCCAAGCUCCGGAGAGUGUUGGCUCAUCGCGGGCGAGGUUGCCCGCUGAUGCCGGCGACGUUACAGCCGGCGAGGAAAAUUCCAGAUCAGGGUGCCCGGCGAGAGAGAGGUCGCCUGUCCAGCUAAAUGACACGGGUUCUGGGACUCAGGAUGAAGGAGAGGGAGUCUCCCCACAGAGACAGACACCCAGGGGUCACAGUCGGUCAGGCCGGACGCUCAGACAGCCGACCCACCUGCGAGAUUUUGUCACAGAAUAUGUUAAGUGUUAGAGCAAUAGUGACGGUGUAUGUCACUUCGUGUGUCUGUCCUGUUGCCUCUUUAUGACUUCGUUUGUUCGUCGCAGGGUUCUGGAAUGGCAUAACGAUGGAUUUACCGCUGUAGGCUACACUUAGGUUUUUGAGCUCCGAACCUAGGCGUGGCACACUUUGGUAAAACGGGCAGUGCCAGCGGGCUGAUGUGUGUCAUCCCCCGCCUUUAGGUCGUUUGUAAUAACCAUGCCUCCGUUCGAAUGUCGCAUUCAGUGGUAACCAGUAGGACAAUGUCAUGUUUGUGUGUGUGUGCGUGUUUGUUAGUGCCACAUAGUGACGGCGUAGCGUGCGAUGUUCAUGUGUCACCCCUUCCGCCAGUGGACCCCUCAGGUUCCACCUUAAUGUAUAGUUUCCGAGGCGGAAACUUUCGCCGGCGGGGGUACUGUGGCGGGUGCGCCGCCACAAUUUAGUCGCGGUAUCCUUUUCCGUCCAAGUCGGGCGGUGGCGCAGGACGCGCCACAAACGUAGAUGUAAGACAAAGGAUCCGCCCCGUGUGUGGGACGCGUGCAGAGAGGCGUGCCGGGUUGUGCCGCUGAGUGCCACGAGUGUCCCGCGUACAAGAAUAAAGAUACACCGUUUG